GUAUACAGAUUUGGCCUGGCUAGAAGAAAACGUUCGAGGGCAGGAUUAUUUCAAAUGCAUGUCCUCGAUUUCUGCAAAUCCUUUAAGUACUGAUGCAACCUGGAAAUACGUCCAGGACAAUUGGCAAAAAAUGAUCGACAGGUUCGGAUUGGGGGAAAGAAAUUUGGGCAGACUUAUUCCAUCUGUUACCGACAGAUUUACUACUGAGGAUAGGCUGAAAGAGAUGAUUGACUUCUUUGCCAAAUUUCCGGAGGCCGGAGCAGGAGCUGCUGCUCGGAAACAAGCCCUGGAAACUGUUUCCAAUAAUAUAAAAUGGUUAAAAGUUAACAAAACAUUGUUGCAAAAUGGUUGA